UGCCCAGAUUCCGAGCAAGAGUCCACUUUCAUACGAGAUGAAGAUGUCCAUGGAGCAUGGAGAACCCUGACGAGGGAGGAAGUAUUCAGGUAACAAGGCUAGGAGAGUGAUGGAGAAGGGAUGGCUAGAAAAGCAACGUUUCUUCCCCUAUUAUCAAGGCGAGGUUAAGUUGGGGUCAACAUGCUCUGCUCGUGGGAUCACGCGUUCCAUUGUGACAUCUCGUUAUAUUAUUCAUCACAGGCAGCAGCUGUGACCACCAGUGUGUCUACGAUCAAAGGAGCAGGCGAUCUCCGCCGUAUCUCCGGAGACGGAGAAUUCAAGAUCCACCCCCUGGACGAAAAGACCGACGCACGUUCUUUGUUGGACGAUCAGAAGAUGCCUCUACGUCCGUCACUUAUGAUCUGGUGUGAUUGGUCCAAGGACGGGUCUGUGGCACCCGCAGCCAUGAGCAUUCACUUGCAGACGAGUUCGGAAAUUCCGUUUUGUCGCCGUUGUUGUCUCGGCCGAAGUUGGUGAAAAGGAGAAGAACUAGAUCUCAAUCAACAACCCGUUGCUACUAAUAUCAGCGAGCCAUGGCUACUGUUGGUACAUGCGGCUUGUCUUCCACUUUACAUUCAACUUCGUCUACGGCUUGGUCUUGAGUCCUCGAGCAAUCGUCUUACAACGAACCCGGCCACAGAUCAGCCACGCCAGCCCCUAGUAUGGCGACCCCGCCGACCUCUGGAAAUCGAGUCGACAUAAAGACGGCCACACCUCAUGACCACGAGAUGAGUUCAGCUGACUUUGCCGAGGACUUGAAGACGCAAGCUGAAGAGCAGGAUUCAAUGGACACACGGCAAGCCAGGGUCCAACGACUUGCACGCGAGUUCUCAUUCAGCAGUUCAGGAAGCUUUAGGAGUGAGCCUAUAUUCGGGAGUGAAGACCCGAACUCUCCACUCAAUCCGUCUGGCACGAACUUCAACGCUUUCGCCUGGGCCAAGAAUCUUGCUAGAGCUGCUGAGGAACGUGGGCAGGGCUUCCGUCAGAUUGGUCUCUCUUUUGAGGAUUUGAAUGUCUACGGCUAUGGCACACCUACCGAUUUUCAAAAGACCGUGGCCAACAUCUGGCUGGCCUUGCCGGAGAUGGCCAUGCGGCGACUGAUGCCUCACUCCGAUACUCAUGGUCAGCGAAGGGUCGACAUCCUACACAACUUCAACGGGCUGAUUCGACCCGGCGAGAUGUGUGUGGUUCUGGGCCCCCCUGGCUCUGGCUGUUCAACGUUCCUCAAGACCAUCUCAGGUGACCGCAAUGGCCUCUACGUUGACCAAAACUCACGCUUCAAUUACCAUGGCAUUUCAGACCAGGACAUGCAUUCUGCGCAUCGUGGGGAUGCCAUUUACACGGCAGAAAUGGACGUACACUUCCCCAUGUUGACAGUGUCGGACACGUUGACGUUUGCUGCGCGUGCGCGCUGCCAGAAGGAGCUCCCAGAGGGAAUUACUCGAAAGCAGUACUGUGAUCAUCUCCGCGAUGUCGUCAUGGCUAUGUACGGUAUUAGCCACACCAGUCGUACCAAGGUGGGAAACGAGUUUGUACCAGGAGUCUCUGGAGGAGAAAGGAAACGCGUUAGCAUUGCCGAAGCAACAUUAUCCAACGCGCCGUUCCAAUGCUGGGAUAACUCGACACGUGGUUUGGACGCGGCCAAUGCAAUCGAAUUUUGCAAGACCUUGAGGCUUCAGUCGCAGAUUUUCGGUCAGACUUGCGCGGUGUCCAUGUAUCAAGCACCCCAGAGAGCUUAUGAUCUGUUUGACAAAACCUUACUACUUUAUGAGGGACGUCAGAUCUACUUUGGUCCUGCAUCUCAGGCAAAGGAAUACUUUGUCAAUCUGGGCUUUGAAUGCCCGUCACGUCAGACGACCCCGGACUUUCUCACAUCGAUGACAUUUCCUGCGGAGCGUAUCGUCCGCCCCGGCUGCCAUCCGCCGCGCACCCCGGACGAAUUUGCGGCUGCCUGGACUUGGAGUCCUGAGUAUAAGGCAUUACGGGCAGAGAUCGCCGAGUACAACUCAACCCAUGUCAUUGGGGGCGAGGACGCCCAGACGUAUCUACGUCUGAAGAAAGCUCAUCAAGCUAAAGGCCAAAGCGUGAAAUCACCCUUCAUUCUGACUUACUCGCAGCAGGUCCGUCUCUGUAUGUGGCGAGGCUGGAAGCGCUUCUGGGCGGAUCCAGGGCCAGCGUCUUUCACCCUGAUUGGGAACGGGAUCAUGGCGCUCAUUGCAUCGUCCUUGUUCUACAACAUGAAGGAGACAACAGACAGCUUCAAGGGCCGAGCUGUUGUCCUCUUCAUGGCGAUCCUAUUCAAUGCUUUCGCAUCCAUCCUAGAGGUUAUGACGCUUUAUGCGGAGCGGCCCAUUGUGGAGAAGCAGUCUCGGUAUGCAUUCUAUCGCCCGUCGGCCGAAGCCUAUGCUUCUGUGCUGGUUGACUUGCCCAUGAAAGUGGCCGGCGCUAUCGGCUUCAACCUGGUUUUCUACUUCAUGACCAAUCUGAAUCGCCAUCCUGGGAACUUCUUCUUCUACCUACUGGUGGUCCUUCUUGUCAUUUUCGCCAUGUCGGGGGUCUUCAGAUUCAUUGGGGCUCUGUCCCGUACAGAAACACAGGCCAUGGUACCAGCUUCGGUCAUGAUGCUAGCCCUGCUGAUUGUCACUGGUUUCGUCGUUCCACUCCGCUAUAUGCUUGCGUGGUGUCGAUGGAUCAACUAUGUAAACCCCGUCGCCUAUGGUUAUGAAGCACUCAUGGUCAACGAGUUCAGUGGCCGACAGUUUACCUGCACGUCCUAUGUCCCCAGUUAUGGUACUCCCGGCACGACAAAUGUGGCAUGUGAUGCUAUUGGCGCCAUUCCCGGUCAGUCUACUGUGACCGGCGACGCCUACAUCAACUCGGCCUACAGUUACUAUGCCAGUCACAAAUGGCGUAAUGUCGGCAUAGUUGCUGCCAUGCUGAUCUUCAAUCACUUUGUGUAUUUUGUGGCCAGAGACUAUAUCACGGCGAAAAAGUCAAAGGGAGAGAUUCUUAUCUUCCGCCGGGGCUACGCUCCGAAGCAAGCCUUGAAGGGAAACGAUAUCGAAUGUCCAGUCUCCGGGCCUGUCGCGACUAUCCUGGAAAAGUCACACACUGGCAAUGGGUAUGAUGGCGAAAAGAAUAAGGGCUUUCAAGGCUCCACCGGUGUCUUCCAUUGGAACAACGUGUGCUACGACAUCAAGAUCAAGGGCAAGCCUCGGCGCAUUCUCGACAAUGUGGAUGGAUGGGUGAAGCCUGGCACUCUGACGGCCCUAAUGGGCGUCUCAGGUGCUGGUAAGACUACAUUGCUGGAUUGUUUGGCCGACCGUCGUGGUGGGGUGGGCAUUGUCACUGGUGAGAUGCUGGUGGAUGGAAAACCUCGUGAUGAGAGUUUUCAGCGCAAAACCGGCUAUGCACAGCAACAGGAUCUACAUCUCGAAACGAGUACUGUCCGUGAGGCCCUAAACUUUUCGGCGCUUCUCCGCCAACCGGGGCAUAUCCCAAGGGCAGAAAAGCUAGCCUACGUGGACGAGGUUAUCCAGCUGCUCGAUAUGCAGGACUAUGCCGACGUCGUCGUGGGCGUGCCCGGUGAAGGCCUCAACGUCGAACAACGAAAACGCUUGACGAUCGGAGUUGAACUGGCCGCCAAACCGCCUCUUCUUCUUUUCGUGGAUGAACCAACAUCAGGCCUGGACUCUCAGACCAGUUGGGCCAUCAUUGACUUGCUGGAAAAGCUAUCGAAGGCGGGUCAAUCUAUCCUCUGCACCAUUCACCAGCCCUCUGCAAUGCUGUUUCAACGAUUCGACCGCCUAUUGCUGCUGUCUGAAGGAGGCAAGACAGUUUAUUUCGGCGACGUGGGUGACAACUCUACCACCAUGAUCAACUAUUUCGAGCACAACGGAGCCAAACAAUGUGCCCCCGGCGCCAAUCCAGCCGAAUGGAUGCUCGAAGCCAUCGGCGCCGAACCAGGCAGCCACUCCGACAUCGACUGGCACCAAGUAUGGCUCUCAAGCCCAGAGUACCAAGCCGUGCAAAGCGAACUGGCACGUCUCCGAUCCCAAGGCAAAAACAACAGUGACCAGCCACAUCCCCAUUCGCACAGCGACAAACACGAGCGAGCCUUGUACCGAGAAUUCGCGACCCCAUUAUGGCACCAGUUCCUAGUCGUAACGCAGCGCGUAUUGCAACAAACAUGGCGAACCCCAUCAUACAUCUACUCCAAAUUGAUCCUAUGCACGGCAUCCAGUCUAUUCAUCGGCCUUGUAUUUCUCCACUCACCACUCAGCAUCCAAGGCCUCCAGAACCAAAUGUUCGCCAUCUUCGAACUCACCAGCAUUGUCACCCAACUGAUCAACCAACAAGUCCCACACUUCAUGACCCAACGCUCUCUCUACGAAGUGCGCGAACGACCCGCAAAGACAUACAGCUGGGCCGUAUUCAUGCUCGCCCAAAUCGUCGCCGAGUUGCCCUGGUACACCGUCUCGUCUGUGCUGAUGUACGUGACAUUUUACUUCCCCGUGGGCUUUUACUCGAAUGCCGAACAGGCGCACCAGGCCACCGAGCGCGCAUCGCUGAUGUGGUUGCUGUUCUGGGUUUUCUUGCUCUGGGUAUCGACGUUUGCACAUCUUUGCAUUUCGUCCGCGGGGUCCGCUGACACGGGAGCAAAUACGGCCACCAUGCUGUUUUUCCUGUCUUUCUUCUUCUGUGGUGUGUUGGCCCUGCCGGAUCAGAUGCCUGGAUUCUGGAUCUUUAUGUAUCGGGCCUCUCCGCUGAGUUACUUUAUUUCCGCUGUCUUGUCUACGGGGCUCGCCAAUGUCCAGGUCACUUGUGCGGAUAACGAGUUUACCUUGUUCCAUCCGCCGGCCGGGAAGACGUGUGGAGAGUACAUGGCUGACUAUAUCGAGACGGCGGGUGGGUAUUUGUUGGACCCGGCUGAGAUGCACAAUUGUCGCUAUUGCAGGAUGAAGGACACGAAUGUCUAUCUUCAUACCGUGGGCUCAGAGUAUGUUGACCGAUGGCGCAAUUUUGGGCUGCUGUGGGUCUAUGUUGUGUUCAAUAUUGCGGUCGCGGUGGCCUUGUAUUGGGUCGUGAGAAUGCCAAAGGGGAAGAAGAAGAAGAGUGCUUAAGUGCGGACCGACAUUACAUUUCUACCUGUACUUGUAGGGAACCGGGAAAAUGAUGGUUUGUACGGUAUUGUUGGUGGGGGAGGCGGCGUUGGGUUUUGUGAGGCUUAGGGUUGGUGGUCGAAGAUGGUAGCAUUAUGGCUUGGGAACUCUCCUCUCAAUUCUCACCAAAAGUAUCAACCCCUGAAGAAUAGAUCGCAUCUCAUUCAUUCCACCAAAGAAUCAAUCCCCCUGAAAAAGUACUAAGGUGUUGAAUCAAUCUCCUGAAAAAGUACUAAGGUGUCGAGAUUGUACAGAAUUGUUAAUUAAUGAUAAAGUAUACUUACAAG